ACCAACUCUACGAUCAACUGAUCUUUGCUUUCAAGAGUUUCGGUCAAAAUUCAUGUAGAAAUCGAUAAAUAUUACAUUUCACCGCAAAGCACUGGGAUAUCAGCGGAAUGUUUCUGAAGAAGUGCUGCUUCUUCUUGCCCCUGAAUGUAGGUUGCAUGAUCAUUGGAGGCAUCCUCACGGGUUUCCACGUCGGGGAGCUGAUUACGCACAAGGGUGACUCGAUAUUCAUCAGGGAGACGGCCAACAAGUGGUGGGCUCCCGUCAUAUUGUGCCCCAUCCUGGUGUUUGGAACUCUGAGCUCCAUACUGCUUAUCUAUGCGGCUUCCAAGCGCAAGCGAGGCUAUGUCCUUAUGUGGUUGAUCAUAUAUGUAUUCAUACUCGGUUUGUAUGUCAUAUUGGCCAUUGUUCAGCUGGCUAAAUCGAAGCCUGUACCGGUUAUACUAUCCGUUCAGGUCAUUAUUAUAGUUGGUCUUGUGUACUCUCUGCUGAUAGUGUAUGCUUACUACAAAUAUCUGAGCAGUGUGGAAUCUGAUGACUCAAUAUGAUCUGCUGUUAAAAAGAAAAAAGAAACCUUAUCAUAA